UUGCCGCUUCAUUUGAAUCAUCAGCAAGCUUCGUUCGUCUUCAUCGGCACCACCUGAAACCUCAAUUUAUCUUCUCUCCUUCCCCGGAAAAAAGAAAAAAAAUGAGCCUCAAUUCAUCUCGCUCCGCCAACUCCGGCGAAAGGUCAAAGAGAAGCCUGAACUCAACCUCUUCAAACCCUUCCAACAAUAGCGGGAAGAAGAGAAAAACCGGAAACCAGAAAACCCUAGGCAUGGCUUGGGGCUCCAAUUCUCGAUCAUCUUCCCGCUCUUCCUUCCGUAAUUCUCCCUUCUCCGAUUUCGGCAGCUACAUGGUGGAGAAGAACAGGAAACUUCAGAACCAGUUUGACGCUGGUGCUUCAAGUUCUUCUCACAGUGCUUUGAGUUCUGGGAAGCCUAUAUUUCAUGGAGUUUCCGUUUUUGUUGAUGGGUUUACCAUUCCUUCUAGUCAGGAGCUCCGAGGCUAUAUGAUGAGGCAUGGAGGACAUUUUGAAAAUUAUUUUUCGAGGCAUCGAGUUACUCAUAUCAUCUGCAGUAAUCUGCCUGACAGUAAAAUUAAGAAUCUGAGGUCAUUCAGUGGUGGACUUCCAGUUGUGAAGCCUACAUGGGUACUGGAUUCUGUUGCUGCUAAUAAGCUAUUGAGUUGGAUUCCUUACCAACUUGACCAGCUUGCUAAUGAAACUCGUAACCAGCCAAAGUUGUCUGCCUUCUUUGCUCUAAAAAGCAUCCCAGUCUUUGAAGAUGCUGUAACUCAUACUACUUAUCCAUUAGUACCUGAAACUGAGGACUCAGUGUUUAAAGGUGGCACAUCCAAGGAUGCUGUUUCAUCUGAAGGGGGUCAAUAUUUAGAAUACACAAGGCAAUCAAGUGGAGAAAUUGAUGAUCACCAAUGUGAGAACACCAAUGAAACAAUAAUUGAGAAGCCAUUUUCCAAUGAUGAAAAAUCUUCUGAAAUUAAAAUGGAAGAACAGAGUUUUUCUAAUCAAGAAGAAGAGUGUAGCAUAAAAAAUGAACUUCAGUCUAGUCCACAUCGACCUUCUGCUUCAGUUAGUAGCUACUACUUGGACAAUGCAAGAAAAGAAUCAUCAAGUACAACAGUUGUUGGGUGUUCUAACAAGGGUCAUUCAACUCUUGAAGAUCCUAAUUUUGUCGAAAAUUAUUUCAAGUACUCAAGGCUGCACUUUAUAGGAACCUGGAGAAACCGAUAUCAGAAGCGUUUCCCCAGAUUGUCUAAUGAGUUCAAGCAUACAAGUUCAGACCUUAAUGCUUCUGGUGUUUCCCAGAAGAAUGUUAUCAUCCAUAUGGACAUGGAUUGCUUUUUUGUCUCAGUGGUGAUCAGGAACAAUCCAGAAUUACAGGAUAAGCCUGUAGCUGUGUGCCAUUCAAACAAUCCAAAAGGAACUGCUGAAAUUUCAUCUGCAAACUACCCUGCUCGAGAUUAUGGAGUAAAGGCUGGUAUAUUUGUUAGAGAUGCUAAAGCUCUUUGUCCUCACCUUGUCAUUUUUCCUUACAACUUUGAAGCUUAUGAGGAGGUAGCUGAUCAGUUUUAUAACAUAUUGCACAAGCACUGCAACAAAGUGCAGGCUGUAAGCUGUGAUGAAGCCUUUUUAGAAGUUAUGGACUCAAAAGAGGGGGAUCCUGAGCUUCUAGCUUCAAUCAUAAGAAAAGAGAUUUUUGAGACCACAGGAUGCACUGCAAGUGCUGGGAUAGCCGGGAAUUUGCUUAUGGCUCGCCUGGCCACGAGAAGUGCCAAACCAAAUGGUCAGUGUUACAUCCCUGUUGAUAAGGUGGAUGAUUAUUUACAUCAACUUCCAAUCAAGGCACUUCCAGGAAUUGGGCAUGUUUUGGAGGAAAAGUUGAGAAGGAGAAAAGUUCACACCUGUGGCCAGUUGCGUAUGAUUUCCAAGGAAUCUCUUCAAAGGGACUUUGGUACGAAAACUGGUGAUAUGCUGUGGAAUUAUUGUAGAGGAGUGGAUAACCGGGUGGUUGGAGUGAUUCAGGAAAGCAAGUCCAUUGGUGCUGAAGUAAAUUGGGGUGUGAGGUUCAAUGAUUUGAAAGAUAGUCGCCAUUUUCUUGUGAAUCUUUGCAAGGAAGUGACAUUACGCUUAAAGGGAUGUGGAGUGCAAGGGCGUACUUUUACACUGAAGAUGAAGAAGAGAAGAAAAGAUGCUGGGGAGCCUGCAAAGUAUAUGGGUUGUGGAGAUUGUGAAAAUCUUAGCCACUCUAUGACGGUAGUCCCACUUGCUACUGAUGAUGUGGACGUGAUUCAAAGGAUAGCCACACAGCUCUUUGGGUUUUUCCACAUAGAUGUCAAGGAUAUCCGGGGUAUUGGCUUGCAGGUUUCGAGGCUUGAAAAUGCAGAUACUGCUAAGCAAGGGCAUCAAAGAAUCUCCAUAAGAUCUUGGCUCACCUCUGCCCCUGCAACCAAUGAAGAACUAUGUAAAACCAGUUGUCUAGUAAGAAAGGAGAGGGCUGUUGCAGAUGGUGAGAAACAGAGCACUGAUAUAAGUUUGGGUCAAUUGUCGAAUGAUUCCAAGAGGCCUUCUUUGCAAAUGAGCCCUAGUUCUUCCAACAAUGAAGCUCCUUUAAACCAGGUUUCUGAACUGCCAGCAUUGUGCGAUCUUGAUAUGGGAGUUUUAGAGAGUCUUCCUCCAGAACUCCUUUCAGAAAUAAAUGAUAUGUAUGCGGGGAAGUUGUCUGAUUUCAUCAGGAAAAGGAAAGGAAAAAAUGAAAAUGUUAGUGGUACUAUGUGCACCACAUCAUAUGAAAUUUAUGAAGGUGCCAUAAAUAAUGGAAAGCAACUUCAUUGCUCUAUUGUUCCCAUAAGAAAGACCCCAGUAGAAAAUAAGGUGGAGAAAACUCUGGACAGAGAAAUUGCGACUGAGAAUUCAUUGUUACAAUCAUCUGAAGUAGAGAAGGUUAAGCAGUAUAAAAUUGAUGAAAUUCAGGAAGUGUCUGUUUCUGGGGCAGUAUCCUUAAAUGUUGUUGAUCCCGCUUCAGCGCUUGAAAAAAGUGAUCUAAUGCCUUCAUCUCUAAGUCAAGUAGAUAUCUCAGUGUUACAACAGUUGCCCAAGGAAAUGUGGGUCGACAUACUUGAGCAGCUUCCUGUUCACAGGAAGCCAGAACAUUCCUCAAGUGCUGCCUUGGAUCCUCUUAUUGCCAAUGCUCAGGAAUCAUUAUGUUUCAAGCAUACUGAGAAUAAUUCUAAAUCAGUGGAUUCUGUUUUGGGAAACAACCUUUGGAUUGGGAAUCCUCCACAGUGGGUCGACAAGUUCAAAGUUAGCAAUUGCUUGUUGUUGAACAUUCUGGCAGAGAUGUAUUACAGAUCAGGGUCAACUGGCUGUUUAUCUUCUAUUCUGCAGUGCACUCUUUCUAAGUUUCUGUUGCCUCUAGAUGCAAGUAGUGAUGGAUGGGAUGAAACAAUUAGUAGCUUGUGUGAUCUUCUUAAGCAAUAUAUCAAAAUAAAGAUAGAAUCAGAUAUUGAAGAGAUAUAUGUUUGCUUUCGUCUUCUUAAAAGGUUCACAAUGAAGUCAAAACUUUUUUUAGAGGCAUACAAUGUUGUUUUCCCUUAUCUCCAGGCUUCUGCUGGUGAGAAUUAUGGAGGAAGCUUGCAGCUUUCACAUGCAAAGGAAUAGUGUCUGGUCAUUUGAUCUUUUUGGAUAGUUACCCUGAUUCAUUGCCCAAGGAUCAAACCAUGCAAGUUUGCUGAAGGGAGAACUGUAUUAUGUUUGAAGCAUUGUCCAAGAUUCUGGGUAUCACAGGCAUUUCGAAGUGUUCAAGUGAGAGUUCUUUUUCCCCUUUUUUGAUAGUCCUAUAGUUUAAGCAUUAUUUGCAAAUUUUUUAGGAGUUGAAGUGUGAUAUAUGAGUUUAACUGUGCAUCCAUGACUUCGGGCUUGAACAAUGCAAGCAUGUAGCUUGUUUCCAUAAAAAACCAAUUUAUCCAUUAUUUUAAAUUGUUGUCUAUUUUGAUACAUAUGGGAUUGCAAUUCUAUGGCAUAAAUCCUUUGAUAAUAAAGAAAUGCAGCCCCCUAGUAGCGAUUUUUUUUUCUUUUUUGUUUCUUUUAAACAACAUUUUAGUAAUUAGGCAGUUUGUUUCAGCAUUACUCAAUACCUAACUUGAUGUUUUACAACUGGUAGAAAAGUUUCCCUAAGUUUAUGUUUGGAAUGCUGGAAUAGAGAAUGAAAAUGGGAAUUCAAUUCCAUUCAUAUUCACUAAUGUGUUUGGAUUUUUUCGAGAAUGGGAAUAUGAAUACAAAAUUCAUUAGUGUGAAAUUAUGGAAAUCAAAAUUCACUCUUACUAGGAUUUUGAUUCCUCUCUUCUAUAUGGUAUUAUGAGUCAUCUCUAUUCUCAUCCCAUUUUCAUGUGUUUUACAUGUGGGAAUAUGGAUGGAAAUAAGAUUAAAAUGGAGAUGAAUCACAAUACCAUGUAGAAAAGAGGAAUCAAAAUCCUAAUGAGAGUAGGAUUUGAUUUUCAUAACAUAAUUUUUUUAUUCCUAUUCUCAUUCUAGAAAACAACCCAAAAAUGUUAAUGAGUGAGAAUGGAAUUGAUUUCCCAUUUACAUUCUCUAUUCCAGCAUUUUAAACAUGGCCUAAGUACGCUAAUUCUCUUAUAAUGCAGAUGGGAAGAGACAUUUUGGAUAAUGGACUAGGAUUUCUUUGUCAUGCUCUGGGUAUAUAUGGGGCUAUUUCUUUUUUUUCCCUCACUUUUAGGAUUGCAUGCUUUUCAUUAAAGGCUUUUCUUUUACAGAAUUCCGGGAGACAAAAUAGAGUAAUAGUAUAAAAUUAGAAAUGAUGACUUCUUAAAAGUAGGAGGCAUCUAACUCAAGAAGAAAGAAAAAAAUGUUUUUGUGGUUGUAGUAGGUGCCUUUUGUGCAGCAAAGUGCCAUUUGACCUGUCAUUGGUGGAGAUGAUUGCCACACCAUUAUUCCUUAUAAGUCAUAAAAUUUUCCAGUAUGAAAUUUUAUCGCAAGAAUUCUGGAUUAGUGUGCUGUCAUCUGCCUGUAAAUAAGAACUGUUCAAACACAUCUUUUACUUUCUUUCCAAUAGAAACUGCCAUGAUCAGAACUACUCUGGUUUUUGGUUCUAAUUCUAUUGGCGAUAUAUUUCUCUUUGAACAAAUUUUCUAUCUAUGAGAAUCUUGAAGUACAUUUACAUUAUCUUCUUUUUUGCUUCUUAUUUUAUUUUCAACUGGUCAUCUCAUGCAUAUUAUCCUUUUCUAGGGAGCUAUCUUUUUGAGUUCACUAGCUCCAUUCCAGUGAAACUGAGACAACUGAUGCCUUGGAACUGAUAUCAG